UGGAAAGGGAGUGUCUAUCGUUAUAUCUGGUGCGAAUUCUUGCUGUUUUGUGGAUUAUACACUCUACUAUCUUUAACUUAUCGUUUUGUGAUGCCUGACUAUAUUAAACGUUCAUUUGAGGCGUACUGCAGCUUCUGCAACUACUUUGGAGAGUACAUCCCCGUCUACUUUGUGUUGGGUUUCUUCGUAAACACCAUAGUUGAACGUUGGUGGGAUCAGUUUCUCAAUAUUCCUUGGCCGGAUGAAAUAGCUAUGAGUCUGAGUGCCUACACUCGCGGUCACUCAGAACGUGUCCGAAUCCAACGCCGCACUAUUAUGCGCUACAUCAACUUCUCCUAUGUUCUGGCCAUUCGCGAUAUGUGUUCGCGGGCUAGAUUACUUUUUCCAAACGAGUUUAGUUUGGUAUCCGCAGGUUUAGCGACUCAAGAGGAGAUACUGCUUUACUUCAAAAGUGCCCCAUUUCAACGUCCAGCGUGCUACAUGGAACCAUGUUUGUGGGCACAGGACAUCGUUCUGCAAAUGCGAGCUGAAGGGUGCAUCGAUUCCGAUCUUUCUGUGGAAAUUCUCUGCAAACAAAUCAUUAAUUUCCGUAAUGGUCUCGGUACCAUUCGUUGCUACGACUUAAUUUCUGUUCCACUGGUUUACACACAGGUGGCGAUUCUGACAGUCUAUAGCUACACCAUUUCUUCCCUUUUUGCAUGGCAAUUUCUGGAUCCCAAUGAAAAUGUGGUGGGGGGAAAAAUUGAUUUGUACGUUCCGAUUUUUGGUCUUCUACGUUUCAUCUUCUACAUGGGGUGGAUUAAGGUUGCUGAAUCAUUAAUUAAUCCAUUUGGUGAAGAUCAGGAUGACUUUGAUAUUGACGAAAUAAUCGAGAGAAACCUUCAAGUAAGUGAGAUGUCCUACUACAUUGUGGAUUCAAUGUAUGAGCAGGUGCCUCCGUUGAGUCGCGGUGUGGUGUUGGAAGUCACGGAAUAUCCGGAAAGCCAGCGACAAAACUACGAGAUUUCGCGUCGUGCCUCUGCUUUGGGCAAUGAGCUCUUCCUUGGUUCCCUCACAAAUAUUCUGGAUGAUCUCUCGGACAGUUUAUGCCGUGUAGCCGAUUUGGCUGACUGCAUUCGAGCCCUGCAUCCUGAUGAGGCUUAUCAGCGUGCCGCAAAUGAAGUCUGUCUUCGCGUCGGAAAUCUCGUUGAAAGUCUAAACACGGACGCUGACCUUUACGAGGCUGCAGUUCGGGCUCAUACCUCCCCAACUCCUGGUCCUGAUAGCCAGACCGAUUUUGUCGACAAACGAGUUCUCAAUCUCUUUAUAGAGGACUUCGAGCAAUCUGGUGUACAUCUUAAAGAUAUAUCUGAUCGUCAGGCCUUUCUUAGAGCGGCUUCCAAAAAUCUGGAACUCAGUGUUGAAUUCAAUAGAAUCGCCAACACACCUGUUACCCUCAGUUCCAAUAUCUUGAGCUCCAUUUCAAAAGACAUUGACUGGGGUCCAUUCAAAGGGAGGAAUCUUUACUGUCCCUACUACGAGGCGCCCCAACAAUUUCUUCGUGCUCUCACCUAUGUUCUAUUCUUCAGUCCUAUUGAAGGUCAGGAAUAUCGGCUGAUUGCUCUUCUUGACGCCAGGGAUAAAAUGGCAAAAGCAGCGGGUAAGAAGUCUUUCCUCUAUCGUGCCGUGCAACAGUCGAGUCUUGCGGAGUCGCCUGAGGGGGUAGAGCACUUUCUUACGACACUUUCAACCCUUCUUUCUCGAAUAGCCACUAGGACGGCACUCUCACAGCUGCGAAAGGAUCUAAAGCCUCAAGAUGAACGUCUGCGACCUUGGGACGUGCCUUUUCUCAUCCAUCAAGGUCAACAGUGUGGUGGGUUCGAGCGUCUACAGGCCUACUUCUCGCUGGGUGCGUGCAUGGAGGGCGUAAGCCAACUGGCACAUAGCCUCUUUGGUCUGCGACUGGAGGCUGAGCCUGCCCUUCCUGGAGAGGUCUGGCAUCCGGAUGUGGUCAAGGUAGCUGCGUAUACCACGGAGUCCUGCGUGGACGUGGAAGCGGAGGAAGUGCACCCUUGGGAGGUCCAGCACCCAAUCGGGCCAGGGGUGCAGGUGGGUACUAUAUAUUGUGACUUCUUCAAUCGUCCGGGCAAGCUACCUACGGACUGCCACUACACUGUGCGGGGUGGUCGUCAUACCGAGAACACCAUGUUUGAGUCACACUCACCGUUCCAAUAUCCGGUUGUGGUGCUUCAACUGAACUUGGGUUCAAGUCUUACUGCCAGUAAAGACGGAACUCCAGUGUUGUUGACACCUGGGCAGGUGGAAAAUCUCUUUCAUGAGUGGGGGCAUGCACUCCAUUCGGUGCUUGGACGUACACGCUACCAACAUGUUACCGGCACUAGAUGCAGCACUGACCUAGCCGAGCUCCCCUCCACCCUGAUGGAGCACUUUGCUCUAGACGCUCGUGUGACUGCUCAAUACGCUCGACACUUCCAGAAUGGUGAGGCACCCACUUCUGAUGAGGAUGCGAGAGCUCUCCUUCAUCUCAACGCCAGCCGCGGCUAUGGGGAGAGCGUUGAGGUCAUGCUUCAAGUAGGUAUCCUCUAUGAUUUCGUCCCGGUUUUUAAUGCCAUUUUGCGGACAUUUUUGCUGACCAAAGUUGUACGAGACAAAAGGAAAUGCCUAUGUCGCUUUCAAGCUGCUCUUUCUAUCCUCCUGAUCCGUCCAUCCUUUAACUGCGAUACCACCAAGCAUGAACAGCGUGACUGGAUCGCUGGAGGUUCAUUGACUUCUGAUUCUGAGUUCAAACAGAAAUACUAUAACCGGAUUCUGAACUGGCGUCACUGCCGCACUGAUGAAAUUGUCUACCUACUUGGACAAUACAUUGAUUUAUGGGAUAAUUUGAGGCGGCACCGAUGUUUGGUCCACUCGAUUCUCGAUCAACGCUUGCACUCUGGUUCUCCCUCGAAGGUCCUAAAAUCCUUCUAUAGAUCCUCUAGUAGCAGUCCUCCAUCUGCUCUCCUUCUUGAGAACCUUUUGGUGGAACACUGUAGUCCUUGGCUGUCAGUAGAUCUGCCAUCGCAGUUACAACAUCUACCCAUAGCCACUACGCAUCGAUUCGGACACCUGUGCAACUACGGCGGCCGUUACUACUCUUAUCUCAUGGCACGAGCUGCUGCUGGGCUGGUUUGGCACAAGGGAUUCGCGGGGGAUCCGUGGUCAUCGGACUUCGGACGGGCAAGUGGGACUGUUUUCUUCUACUCUUCCUUACAUUCUGGUGAUGGCCAAAUUAUACCCCAUGAGCGUCGACCUCAAGAGAUGCUCUCUCGUUUGUUGAACGAGGCUGAAGCGACAGUAGACAUGGGACAUCUGGCCGCGGGCCUUUGCGAAGAUAUUGCGAUUCGUGAGGAGGCUGCGCGGGUGACUCUGAUGCGGAUGUCGAGUCCCUCGUGGAACCUUGUUCAAUAG